UCUACAAGUUCGGCAACUAUACUUAAGAAUCGAAUGUUUAAAAUAACGGUGAAAUUCUUGGAGAAUACUAAAUCGCGUAUAAGUGCUUUCUGAUUUACUGGGUGAGAAAAAAAAUCGAGCGAAGAUGGAUGAAGAAGCUAUGUGGAAAAAUUUUUAUCACAAGAUCGUAGAAGAGAAAUUAGCAAAGGAAAAUGAGCAGAAAGAGAAAUCGGAGCAUGAGAUAAGGACUAAAAAAAGGAAAAUGGCGCAUUUUGAAAAAUUGAACGAGAAUCAUCCUUAUUAUGUGAUCGCUGCUUUACGAAUGUCUCAAAACCCGGAAGUGAAAGAAGUGACCGUUGCAAGAUUCUAUUGGAAAUUUGUGGCAUUCAACUUUAUUAGCAAAAGAAUACAAGAAUCAGAUGGCGGCUUUUUCGAAAAUCUCGGCACGCUGCUCGCAGAAAAAGCUCGUGCUCAGGAACAAGCAGAAGGUUCACUUCCAGAAAAGAAGAUUAAAAUGCAAGAACAAGAAGAAGAAGAAGAGGAUAGCACUUUGAAUGAAGAAGAAAAUAUCGAUGAAGUAACUGAAGCUUUGCUAGAAACUGACAGUGAUAGAGAUGAAAAUGAACAUGCUCGAAAUUUUUUGGCCGAAUCAAUGGGUUUAAACAUCGAAGAGCUUUAUGCUGCGCUAAUAUAUAUGAUACAACAUCAAAUUGGCUUCGAUGUUUCUAAAGAAUGUAGCCAAGAAACUCUUUUGAAUCAUUUACAAAGUGCUUUCAAAAUUGAUAAUAAAACACACGAAAGAAUUUAAAAAAAUUUUGUCACAUUUGCUUAUACAUAGCCACCAGAACUGCAUCUUAACAUUGAAGUAAUCGAAGCCAAAGAACUAGUUCCCAAAGAUUCGAAUGGUAAAAGUGAUCCUUUCUGCGCUCUUUAUCUCGAAUCAGCACCUACUAGAAGAUACAAUACUGCCGUAAAAACAUGUACAUUAAGUCCAAUUUGGGAAGAACACUUUGAACUGCCGCUGGAGGAUCCCGAAAAUGAUAUUUUAUAUCUUGAAGUAUGGGAUUUCGAUGCUGCCGAAACUGUGCCUGAAAAAAUGAGUAAAGUUAAAGAUAUUAAAGGUGUUCGUGGCUUAGUUAAAUUAGCUAAAGAAAUUGCAGUAACGGCUACAACUGGUAGUCAUAAUAAUGAAUUUAUUGGUCGAUGUCGGAUACCGCUGAAGGAUAUACCUACAACGGGUCAUACUAUGUGGUACGCUCUAGACAAGAAAAAUAAGUCCAAACGUCGUGGUGUUGUAAAGCUUCGAUUAGCCUUCAGUGCAGAACAUAAUGCACAAGUAGCUGCACAAGAACACCGACACCUGUUAAGAGUGCUAUUGCUUCAUGAGAUUGAAACAGAAAAAAUUGAAAAAUAUUGUUGGUGUGGUCGUUGGUCGGGGCCAGCCGAAGCGCUUAUUCUUCAACAUAGUGCGCAACGUGGCUUACUAGCCAGAAAUCUCGCUCUGGCACAAUGGAUCGAAUACGCAAGAAUCCAUGAGGAGCAUCCAUUAAGUUUCACAAUUUUCAAUGAACUCAUAAUUAAUUUGCUUAGACCAAUGGAUAGUGGUCUGUUCUCUGUUGAUGAAACAAAACUCUUUUGGAAAGCCACAAAGAAAAUUAUAUUUUCAUGCCUAAACACUAUACGAAAAAUUAGAAAAUUGAUUUUAGGAAACCAAAAUACAAUAAUACAAUUAACUUCCAUCUUAAGGGUAUUAUCAUCUAUAUCCUCUUUGAAAGUUCCUGAAGAUGUUGACUUAUUUCCCGCCAAAAUGUAUUUUUGGUUUUCUGAAUCUGAAAAUUUGAAGAUAGACAUACUCCAAGGUUUAGAGUUCACUAUUACACAAAGCUGUACUGAAUGGUUUGAACAUAUAUUAAGCAAUAAUUCACCUGAAACAGAGUCUGAUGAAGACGCGCUUAGGUAUUAUAUUAAAGUAAUUCAACUGAUUAGAGCAGAUUUACAGAGAGCUAUUGAUUAUUAUGACAAAAUAUUCAUAAAGAAAAUUAAUAUUCCAUAUGCAAGAAUGAUGUAUAUUGCGUAUGAAAAGAGAAUCAGUGAUAUGUGCAUGAUCAUUAUAGAGGACGUGUGUGCCAGAUUGAAACGAAUUGAAGUUGAUAGCACUGAUAAUGCAGAAUUAAGCCUAGGCACGACUCUAUUCGAGCUUUAUCUUAUACUUCAAAGAUAUGCUACACUUGGCCAGGUACUUUGUGCCGAAGGACAAUUAGAGAAUAUGAAAAUACAAAAUUAUUACGAUUGGUUUAAGGGCGGUAUCGCGCAUUGGCUGGAAAUCGCAGUGUAUAAAGCACUUAAACGCAUCGAUAGAGCAGUCGAAAUUGAUACUUUGCAAGCAAUUGACAGUAGCGUUCAGUAUAGUUCAAGCGCUGUAGAUACAUUAACAACAUUUUAUCAAAUUAAAGUUUUUUGGACGCAGUUAGCGUGGCCCGAUGUUGAAGGUUCUUAUACAUUCAUAGCAAGAAUUAUUGAUGAUAUUUGUAAGUGUUCCAUGGCAUAUGCUGAUAAAAUGGCAGCAAAAGCGGAGAUAACAACAGAAUUAGAACAACUUUCGCAGAGUAGCGUGUAUGAAAAAAGAUUUACAAUAUCGACGGCCUGGUGCUUUGCUAUUAAUAAUAUCGAUUAUAUUAGAACAUCGAUUGCACCACUAGCUCAGGACUUGGGAUUACAGGAUAUUAUAGAUGCUUUAGGAGAGCAUAAGACUCAUGAAGAGGCUGAUCGUUGUCGACAGACUCUUCAGCUUAUCAUUAACAAUGCUACAGAUACUGUGAAGAACAAGAUCAUAGAGUUAUUGGAAGUUGUAGCUAACAAAAUGGCUCCUGCAAUGAAUAGAUAUCUCAUGGAGGGUGCCGAAUUAAUUGAUACAACCAGCAACGCGAUGGAUCGUCUGCUACAGUAUUUAGACAGUAAUCUAGCAACUUUGCAUGAUAAUCUCAACGAGGAUAACUUUAACAGAGUUCUCCAUGUGAUUUGGGAAAUCAUAUCACAAACGUUGUAUGAUCUAGUCAACACUAAUUUAGAGAAACGACGACCACCAGCAUUUUAUUCGAAUUUGCAUAAAACUCUUCACACGCUCAUUCGAUUCUUUAAUCUCGGUGCUGAUGAAACAGCAAACAUCCAGGUUUUGGAGAAAAUAGAACGUCUUUUACAAUUACAUGGACUCGAGACUGCUGAGCUCAUACAUCGUUAUCAUCAAGAACGCAUGGAGGAACAGAAGAAAAUAGAAGAACCUGUUUACGGUCUUGUCAGCAUCAAAGCAUAUUUUGUUGAUAAUUCAUUGAACAUCCAGAUUCUAAAUGCCAGAAAUCUCCGAUGUAUGGAUAGCAAUGGCCAUUUUAUAAGCAAGCUGUCUACUCUCGAGCGUAAACUGCAUUCAAAAUCUAAACAAAAAGUCAAAGAAGGGAAGACAAGUAAAUGCGAUUCCUACGUAAAGAUCAGAUUACUACCUGAGGAGAAAUUUGCCGAAAUUAAAAUGCCUAAGACACAUGUGCAGAAGGAAACGCAGUUUCCCCUUUUCGAUGAAAUGUUUAACAUUCCUCUUACUUCGGAACAAAGAGCCGUAGAAAACGCUAUAGUGGCAUUUGAAUUAAAAGACAAGGAUUUUCUUAGAUCAAGAUUUAUGGCUGAAGCUUUCCUAUCAUUUAAUGAAAUUCCUGAUACUGAACCAGAAACUAGUUUCGCAAUUUUAGAUCAAAUUCAUAUAAAACUUUCUCGUCCGACCAAAAAAAAUACGGAUAUCAUUCGCGCAUUGGAACAUCGAAAAGGAGACAAUCAAGCAAUGGACUUCAUUUCAAGGCUUAAUACUAAAGUGAAUUCUAAAUGAUCCACGUGGAGUUUCAACUUUAACAUUGACUUACGUUUGGACAAUUUUCGAAAAUAUGCAAUGCAAAAUGUAUUCACACAACUCAGUUUAUAUAAGGCAUGGUAAUGUUAAUAUCGCAAUCUGCUUUACCAAAAGUCGCUGUGAAUAUUUCUUGAUAAAUAUGUUUCGAUCAUUGUGUUAUUAUAAAUUCUAUAACACAAUGCUUACAAACAUCUUAAGGCUGUGCAUAAUUUCGUUAGUAAAGUUUUUAUACUUUCGAAAGAAUUAUUCAAUAAUGCAUUUCGAAACUUUAAGGUCGAAAAUUGUAAGGCUGAGUAAAUGCUACUUAGAGAGAAAUAUAAUUAUAUUUAUUAUACAAUAGUAAAUUACAU